AUGCUCAUGCUCAUACUUGCCACCAUGUUACUGCUCAGCCUGACCCUUAGCCUGGUUCUCCUAGACUCCUCCUGGGGCUGCGGCGUUCCUGCCAUCAGUCCAGCGCUGAGCUUCAGCCAGAGGAUUGUCAAUGGGGUGAAUGCGGUAUCAGGCUCCUGGCCCUGGCAAGUGUCCCUGCAGGACAGAAAUGGCUUCCACUAUUGUGGUGGUUCUCUCAUCAGCCCGAACUGGGUGGUAACUGCUGCCCACUGCAACAUCAGUCCUGGCAGCCACUCUGCUGUCCUGGGCGAGUAUGACCUAUCAUCCAAGGCUGAGCCUGUGCAGGUGCUGGCCAUCUCAAAGGCCAUUACACAUCCAAGCUGGAACCCCACCACUCUGAACAAUGACCUGACGCUCCUGAAACUGGCCUCACCAGCCCAGUAUACAACACGCAUCUCACCUGUCUGCCUGGCUUCUUCAAAUGAGGCACUAUAUGAUGGCCUCAAAUGUGUCACCACCGGCUGGGGCCGCCUCAGUGGCGUGGGCAAUGUGACACCAGCACGUCUGCAGCAGGCAGUUCUGCCCUUGGUCACUGUGAAUCAGUGCCAACAGUACUGGGGUUCAAGUAUCACUGACUCCAUGGUCUGCGCAGGUGCUUCAGGUGUCUCCUCAUGCCAGGGUGACUCUGGAGGCCCUCUUGUCUGUCAGAAAGGGAGCACAUGGGUGCUUAUUGGUGUUGUCUCCUGGGGCACCAGUAACUGUAAUGUGCGAGCACCUGCUGUAUAUGCUCGUGUUAGCAAGUUCAACGCUUGGAUCAACCAAGUCAUAGCAUACAACUGAGUCUACCAUAGGCCUUCUGCCCCAUCUCAACCUAAUAAAGACUCCAACCUGUC